AUGGUAAAAUCUCCUACUCAUUCAGAAUUACAGAAUAAUUCCUUUAUACCUCUAGAAGAUUCUGCAGAAAUUGAAACUAAUAUAAGCAGUUUGCAAUCAUCAAUCAAAUUAAAAGUGUCUUCAGAGUUGAUAGAUGAAAAUAAUAUCCAAAUUAUUGAUGAAAAUCAAGAGCUUACAACUGACAUGACAAUAGAAGUUGAGCUUGCUCAUAUAUUUUUAGAAAAAAAAGUUUAA